GCUUGAUUUUUCGCAAUGGGAGCUUCCAGAUGAACAGUCCUUUGAAAACAUGGAAACAAAUUCCAGUGUUCAGUUACCAGCUAAGCGAAAAGCAUCAGAGUUGCACACGGACCCGUCAAAAGACAGGGUUAAAGCUAGUAAACAUGGUUUUUUUGUGCCCACGUUUAAAGAAAUACCUAACGACCCAGACUUCUGUGCCACUGAAGGGCCAGCUGAGCCCCAAGGUCCAUGUGCCCCCUCUUGUGAUGAUGGACCUCUGGAUGCAGGCCGAGGCCCGAAUGCUGCCUCUCGUGUUCCUCAAGGGCAGGAGGCUGCCAGAGUGCGAGAUGCCACCCCUUCCGUCCCACGUGCCCCCUCUCAUGAUGACGGACGUCUGGAUGCAGGCCGAGGCCCGAAUGCUGCCCCUCGUGUUCCCCAAGGGCAGGAGGCUGCCAGAGCGCGAGAUGCCACCCCUUCCGUCCCACGUGCCCCCUCUCGUGAUGACGGACGUCUGGAUGCAGGCCGAGGCCCGAAUGCUGCCUCUCGUGUUCCCCAAGGGCAGGAGGCUGCCAGAGCGCGAGAUGCCACCCGUUCCGGCCCACGUGCCCCCUCUCGUGAUGACGGACGUCCAGAUGCAGGCCGAGGCCAGAAGGCUGCCUCUCGUGUCCCCCGAGGGCGAGGGGCUGCCAGAGCACGAGAUGCCACCCGUUCCGGCCCACGUGCCCCCUCUCGUGAUGACGGACGUCUGGAUGCAGGCCGAGGCCAGAAGGCUGCCUUUCGUGUCCCCCGAGGACGAGGGGCUGCCAGAGCACGAAAUGCCACCCCUUCCGGCCCACAUGCCUCCUCUCGUGAUGACAGACGUCUGGAUGCAGGCCGAGGCCGGCAUGCUGCCUCUCGUGUUCCCCGAGGGCGAGGGGCUGGCAGAGCGCGAGAUGCCACCUCUUCCGUCUCUCGAGGGCAAUAUAUCCCACCUUCAUUUCGUAAUCGGCCUGGCAUACCUCCUUCGCUGCCAUCACAGUCUCAAAAUAAUGUCAUUGGAAGAUUUUUCAGCAGUAUAAGAAAUAUGGAAGUGGAUGAAGUUGCGGACACUUUGCAGAAGAUAACCGAGACCAACCCAGCGUUCAGCGCCCCCGUAGGGCCACGCAAGGCAGUGUGGAUCAUUGGCCAUAGUAUCGUUUACUCGGCUGGGGUCUACGCAGCUUCCUCCGGGUGGGGGACCGCCUUGGGACUUGAGGAUCGUCUGCAGGUCACAUGGAUGGGAAACCGAGGGAUGAAGUGGGACGAUCUCCUGCCGGCCGUCUCCCUCCAGGUCUCCCUCCAGGGUUCUCCGGAUGCCCUCGUCAUCCAGCUGGGCGAGAACGAUCUCCUAGAACGAAAAGGGGUUGAUCUCAACAUUGCCAUUGCUGCGGACUUGCACACUCUCGUCUCCAGACUCCCGAACACGCGGUUCUUCUGGUCAGACCUGCUGGAGCGCCGCGAAUGGCCUGCGGCUACCACGGCGGAAAAGGGGGACCUUGUCAGGAGAAAUGUUACCGCCGCGGCAGGGCGGCUCAUCGAAGCGACUGGUGGCGUCGUCAUACGGCACCCGGACAUUAACUUCAAGCAAACGGCCCUCUUUAGGUCCGACGGCAUUAACCUCUCGGAAUGGGGGAUGGACAUCUGGCUCCAUAGCAUUCGCUACGGGCUGCUUUGUUGGCUGCAGUCUUAGGCGCUCUGGUGGGAGCAGGGCGGCUCCCCCGGCUCUUGCGGCAGGAAUGGAUGUCCAGAACGUGAUCAGGAUUCUGACUGAGAAUGGGACCCUGAAACCAAAGAAAACCACCAGUGCAAGUUGAAGAAAACGGCAUUUUGUGUUGGUGCGGCUUUUGUGGUGCACCCUAAGUCAAACUUUUGUCCUUUGGUUUUAGGUUUAUCUGGGUUUUUUUGAAUAGCAGUGUCCAGUCCAGAAUUAAGAUGAAAAUGAGUACUCUUUGUCCUUCUGAUUUACAGUAUCUUCCUGUCAAUCAGCUGAGGGAUCUGUUCUGCCACUCUCGAUUGUCCUGGUAUAAACUAUGCAUGGCCCUGCGCUCAGGCAGCUGGGUCGGGCCAACUCAGAAGCCGAGUGAAAGAAGGAAACAGUAAAUGGGAGAAGUGCUUGCACGUCCAUUAUAUUAUCGAAUCCCCAGCAAUGCUCGCAGUGCUGCAUCCUGACAAACAUUCAGGCGAGCGCACAAGAAAACCACCAGCUGCACUGCAGCAGCAUUGCGUUGCUGCUAACACUUAACUAAUUCUCACCCUGGCCCCAGUCCUAGGGAGUGCAGGGAAGGGUGGACAGCUAGUUGUGCACAUUCCGGAGGUGUUUUCUGUAGAAGUUUGUGCAUGUUUAUGGGAGUGCGUUCAAAACUAAUGUUGCGUUUAGACAAAAGUUCAAGUGAUACAGACGCAUAUAAAUAAAGUAAUAUAAUACAUUCA